AUGAACAUGUCGCUGUGGUAUCCGUAUCUCUUCACUUGGCCGAUUGUCAUGUGCCAUGAUGCAUUUCUUAUCCAUAGCGCCUUCAGUGAGUGCGGUCGGUGUCCUCGACCUAUGCGUUUUCCUUCUUCUCUUUCACGUUGUCGGUGUCCACAUCUGGCACCUAGAUCUAUCAUGGACCUGCUUGAUAACAUCACUUCACUGAUGACAAAGACCGAAAAGGAAAGAGCUGGCAGAUCAAAGAAAACAGCUGAGGUGAGUCGCUUUGACGAAAAUGGGAAGGCUUCUAACAAGAUAGUGGUCGUUAUUAAUCCGGGAAGAACCUCUGGAGCUUCAACCGCUACCCCGUCGACGAGUUCUGCCGUUCCGAAGGUUGUGACUAUGUCACAUCCCAGUAGCUCUGCAGUAGGACGGCCGACUAAACAUCGGCAAGAGCUUGGAAUUGAAUCCAGAGGUGGAUGCGAUUUCCUCAUCCAUAGGAGGUUGCCAAUAGAGAUGAAUGGAGUUUACAUGGAUUUGUCGCGUGCUCCUGAAUUUGUGAGACGAUACCACAUUGAUGUCAGUAAGGUUGUGCAGGGCAAGCAAAAAGAUGUAACAAGAGGUCCUAAACAAGAUUUCUCAACUCAGCAACGACGUCGUGCACUGUUUGCACUCUUCAAACAGCUGGUUACUGAUAAUUUGGACCAUUUCGGAGAGGACCGUUCCAAACACGUUUACGAUCUUGGGAAUACGUUUUACUCCAUUGGUUGCAGAAUAACGGAGCAGGAUGGCGAAGUUAUGUUUAAGAUGAAGCCAAGUGAAAUUGUGUCUUCUUCGGCUCGUGAAUUCCUUCCAAGGAGAUGCCAACAGCUGCUUUUCACCGUGCAGUAUGUUGGUCAGAUUCGUAUAAAAGACUUGAGACAAAAUGAAGAUGAAGGGUAUCUUCGUGAAGCUUGUCGUUUCUUCGAAGUUUUGACGAGUCAAUAUCUUUAUGACGGUGACAGCUAUAAUUUUGCCAACAAAUUUUUCGAAAGCUCUGUCGAUAAGGACGUCAAGAUAGGAGAAGGAAAAUGUGUUAAGAGUGGCUUUGAGAAGAAUGUUCGGAUGGUCAGCAAAGGCGGAGAUCAGGCAACUCCAGUUCUACAAGUCGUUAGCCUGAUCGUCGUUACAACUCACAUGGAAACGAAUAGACGAUUCUAUAUUCAUGGGAUUGAGGAAGCUUAUGCCGGAAAGCAAUUUUUUGAAACACCGGAAGGGAAAAUAUCAGUCGAACAGUAUUUUCAAGAGAAAUACAAACGCUCUCUGCGUUUCCCACGUUUACCGCUGGCUACUGAAAGAAAAAGUGCAAACAUGCUUAACUACUAUCCUCUUGAAUUGCUUGUCAUUGAACCAGGUCAACGUGUUUCCACUAGGAAGCUUACUGGAGCACUUACAGAGAGAAUGGUUCAACAAGCACGAAUUCUGCCUCACGAGAUGAGGAAAGAUAAUAGAAGGCAACUUGCCUGGGCUGGGCUGGCUGGUGACGAUAAUGAAUAUCUUUCUUCAUUUCGAGUCCGCAUAUUCAGUGAGUUUGUGACUAGUGAGGGAAAGGUGUUAGCCGCACCUGAGAUCACGUACAAAACCGGUUCGCUGCAACCUGAUGGAAGAGGGAGGUUGACCUGGAAAUUAACUGAGCGGUCUCAAUUUUUCCGCCCAGCGACGGUAGAAGCUGUCUCUAUAGUAAUCUUGGACAAAGCUGUCCACCGUAAUCAGGCAAGUGAUUUCUAUCAUGCUUUGGCUCGUAUGGGACGUUCUCGUGGGAUGGAGAUCCGGGAGACCAAUGUGAAGAUUCAUGAAAUGUACUCCGAGCUCAAUAGCAGAAUCGAGGAACAUUUCAGAUCUGUGGCUGGGAAGGUUUCUAUGGUCAUGUUUGUGACGAAGAUCAGGAAAGAUCCUGUGCAUGACUUUAUCAAGCUGCUCGAAGCAAGGUACAAAGUUGUUACCCAGCAUGUGAGCGCCUCUACGGUGUUGUUUUGUUGCCAGAACAGAGCCAGGAUUAUCGAGAAUUUGUUGUUGAAGUUUAAUGUGAAGUGUGGAGGACUCAACCACAUGAUAUCUUCCACUCCAGUUGCUUUGCGGGACCGUACGUCUCAACGAGACAUGAAUGGACGAUUGUUCAAUGGGAAAAUGUUCGUCGCAUUUGAGCUUUCUCACCCUGCGGCGCUGAGUUUCUACGAUCGACAGAAUAAGAAGGCUGCUAAAGAGCCAACUGUUGUUGGAUUCGCUUAUAGCAAAACACUCGCAACCGACUACACGGGCUGUUGGUGGUAUCAGCAACCACAUCUACACAAUAUACAGUAUAUAAGAGAUCAUUUCAACGUUGCCUUUACGUGCUACUUUGAAGAGAACAAGAGCCUCCCUGCAGAGGUUGUCGUAUACAGAUCUGGAGCAAGUGAAGGCGAAUUUAACCAAAUAAAAGAGGAAGUGCGCGAUAUUCGGGCCGUUGCUGAAAGCAUGAGAGAUCAUAAUGGUGGGAAACCUUACAGACCCCGAAUUACUGUAAUUGUCGUGCAGAGUAGAAGCAAUUACAGAAUCACGCCUGCCUCAUCAGUGGAAGAGCGCUCUGGUCGUUUAAGAGCUGCUGAGCUUAAUGUUCCUUCUGGAACCUGCGUAGAUGCCGAUAUUGUUAACCUGCGCUUCCGGGAGUUCAUAAUGACAUCGCAGCAGGCCAGUAUUGGAACCUCUCGGCCAGUGCGGUACACAAUUAUUGUGGAAGACAAGCCUGAAAGGCCUCUUUAUGAAGUUGAGCAUAUGACACAUUUCCUGUGCCAUGGGCAUCAGGUGUCGAUUUUAAAUGUUAUACCGCAUAAUAGCAAUCAGUCCUUCCGACGAGAGUUCCUGCGAUUCUCUUUGCUGCCGAAAACCUUGCAAAACGAGGUCGGGCUUCUUGGAUGA